UAGGGACGUUAACUUCCUGCACCGGAAGUAACGUUCCCUGCAGAGGUUAGAGUGUCAGCAACAGGGUUAGUCACUUGAGCCUACAGUGUGCACAGGUGCCUCGAAACACACCUGCGGUCUGUGUUAGAUAAGCCAUGACGCAGGAACCGGGAAAAAUGCAAGGUGCCAAGAAAAAGGAUCAGUUGGAAGAAGGCCUUGGCACAGACAAAUUGGACCUAGAGAAAAUCAGUAAAAUAACCCCCUAUCUGAAAACAAUUCCAAGUGCCAUGACGAAGUUCAAAAAUCUCCAAGUAGAGAAAAAGCUUGAUUCGCCAAGUCCCCCAGAUUUAUCAGAUCCAAAAUACAGUGCUUCCCUGGAGGGGCCGUUUGGCUUGGGACCUCUAGUUUUUCCUUCUCUUCAACGUUUCAACAACAUUGACUUCUUCCUGUUUUUGUACUUUGUGUUGGUCGUAGCUCAUGGUAUUGCAUUUGCUAUGGUUGAUCUGAGUUUUAAACAUUUGGAGAAGAAAUUUUCUCUGUCAGAGGAAGAAAAAUACAUAAUGGAUUUCAGUGAUUAUCAUGCAUCCUUCCUGGUAGCAAUAAUUGUGGCAUACUAUGGAAGCAUAGGGAACAGGUCAAAAUGGUUGGCAGGUGCUGCCUUCAUAUUAGCAAUUGCAUCAACUAUUUUUGCUGCCAUUUUCUACAAGUAUGAAAUUAUAAGACCGGUAGAAGAAAGUGAAGAGUUGUGCAUAGAAGAAGCAGACAGGACAAUGACAGACUGUGGUGGAGUAUGGAUACCAUACAGAUCAAAAUUUAUCUGUCUCUUCGUCUUCGCGCAGUGUCUCCAUGGAGUGUCAGGGAUGCCUCUUUAUAUCCUUGGCGUGACCUUCCUUUACGAUCAUGUUCCCACAUUCUCCGCUGGCCUCUAUCUAGCUAUCAGUGAUGCGGCACAAGUACUGGGAUACACAAUGGGUUUUGCAAUAGGAGCACGUGGUGUUAAACGCUCUCAGAAUGAAACUUUGAGUGGACUUGAAAAUGAGAAUGAGUUUCAACGUUGGCAGAAAAAUUGGUGGAGUGGUUUUUUUUCAAUUGCUGUACUCUCAUUUUGUACAUUCUUACCAUUGUUAUGUUUUCCACCUAGGUUACCCGGUGCACACAAGAUAAGUCUUGAGAAAGAAAAGGAACCUCGCUCCUUUGACAGGAGACUUAAAAAUAAGGAAUUUGGACCUAAUUUGAAGGAUAUGUUUCGUGCUCUUAAGUGGCUGUUGAGGAACCCGCUGCUGAUAUGCUUCUCCCUGUGCAAAUCCACAGAGUCCCUCACUUUUAAGGGAGCGUCGAAAUUUGUGCCCAAAUACUUAGAAAAUCAGUUUUUGUUAACACCCUCACUUGCCACUAUGCUCACAGGAAUUAUUAUACUUCCAGGAAGUGCAGUUGGCCAUUUUGUGGGAGGUUUAAUUGUUGUGGAAUUUGCUGGAAUCAAUGAAGAUUAUGAUGGGUCAGGUAUAUUUGGAAACCUCACAGCUCCCUGCAAUGUACAGUGUGGUUGCUCAAGCUCCAUCUACGCUUCUGUAUGUGGAAGAGAUGACAAGGAGUAUUUCUCUCCCUGCUUUGCAGGCUGCAAGGCUUCUAAAAACUUACAAAAUGAAAAGACAUACUACAAUUGUUCUUGCAUCAAAGAAGGAUUGACAACUGUAGACACCGAGGGUGAUUUUGUUGACGCCAUUUCUGGAAAAUGCAACAUGAAGUGUCACACGUUACCUUUGUUUUUUGCUUUUUUCUUUUGUUCAAUAAUUUUUUCUAAUUUGUCUAGCAUACCUGUCACCUUGACUAUUCUCCAAAAUUCACCUCCCAAUUUAAAUUCACUGAGCAUGGGUGUGACCUAUACAAUUUGGAGAAUAAGUGGAUCCAUCCCUGGACCACUUAUUUUUCACAUAUCAAUACAAGAGUCUUGCAUUUACUGGAACUUUAAUAAAUGUGGAAGGAAAGGACGUUGUUGGAUCUACAAUAAGUCAAAAAUGACCUACAUAUUGAUGGGACUAUGUCUUAUUUUCCAAGCAGCCUCAGCCUUUUUUGGUCUCAUUGCACUUUGCAAAUAUGAUAGUGUGGUAAUGAAAAGCACUGAGAGUCUGGUCCAGCCGGUAAAGAAAGUAAAAGAAAGAGGAGAAGAAAAAGUUUAAUUUCUAAUUGUUUUUUUGGGGGGCCUGGAGAAUUUUUGAGGACCUGAGUUGUAAGGAUAGCAGUCUAUCCUCUGAAGACACCAUAAGAUUUGUGGCCAGGGUAUAAUUCAGAAGAGAAAAUAUAGCAGAAAAGAAUCUAUGUGGAUCUUCAUUUUCACAAUAAAGAAUGCUGUUAUGAAACA